AGCAAGUUCCACUGCCCCCAACAUCUGAAGGAUCCAAAUGUUGAAGAAGCUAUCUCCUGCAUUUGAUUGAGUUCAUUUAGAGUUCCACAGAUCCAUGAGACUGUAACAAUGGAUCGGGCUCUGAAAGCUGCGAGAGCCUCUGGUUCUCUCAACCUCUCCAAUCGCUCUCUCAGGGAUGUUCCCGACGAGGUGUACAAAAUUUCCGAUGCUCUCGGCGAGGGCGAGAAAUGGUGGGAGGCGGUUGAGCUCCAAAAGCUGAUAUUGGCUCACAAUGAGAUCGAGUCGUUGAAGGAGGACUUGAGAAAUUUGACCCAAUUGACUGUGCUUAAUCUUAGCAACAACAAGCUUCAAGAGCUGCCCUCUGCCGUAGGAGAGCUUCCUAUGCUUAAAUCUUUGGAUGUGUCGUUCAACUUGAUUACGAGAAUACCUGAAGAAAUCGGAUCGGCGUCUUCGCUCGUCAAGCUGGAUGCUUCUGGAAAUAAGCUUUCAGAACUUCCAAGUUCACUUGGAAGAUGUUCAGAGUUAUCUGAUCUCAAGGUAUCAAACAACUGUCUCAAUAGCUUGCCUGAGGAACUAGCCAGAUGUUCAAAACUGUCAAAACUGGAUGUGGAGGUAUGCAUCUAAAUGUGCAAGUCUAACAUGAAUUGCCUGCUGGUUAGCUCUUUGGGGCAAUAUCUUUGGAGUUUCCGGAUGUGGCCCGGGAACAAGUUACACAUUUUGUCUGGCAAUCUGGUGGCGUCUUGGACCAAGCUUACAGAACUCAAUGCAUCAAAGAACUUGCUGAGUGGCCUACCAGACAAUUUUGGAAGUCUGUCAAAACUCAUCCGUCUGGAUCUUCAUCAAAACAAAAUUGCUUCAAUCCCACCGUCAAUAGAGGGAUGCUCUUCUCUUGCGGAAUUCUAUAUUGGGAACAACUCCUUGUCUACUUUACCUGAUGAAAUCAGGGCACUUGGUCGCUUAGCCACAUUAGAUCUCCACUCCAACCAGCUGAAGGAGUUUCCUGUUGAGGCUUGCAAGUUACAUCUUUCAGUUCUUGACCUUUCAAAUAAUUCAUUGAGUGGAUUGCCUCCAGAGAUUGGCAAGAUGAACAGUCUGCGGAAAAUUUUGCUUAAUGGGAAUCCAAUACGGACAAUUAGAAGCUCUUUGAUUUCUGGACCUACUCCUGCUUUAUUGAAGUUUCUACGCAGUAGACUUCCACAAAACGGAGAUUCUGAGUCUAGUACUUCAUCAAAGGAGGAUGUAGUUGCUUCUGCUGCGAGAAUGUCCCUUGGUUCAAAGGAUCUCUCUCUGGAAGGGCUGGGUUUAAGUGCUGUUCCGUCAAAAGUAUGGGAAUCAGGUGAAAUUGUAAAACUUGAUCUUUCCAGGAAUUCCAUUCAGGAACUGCCAGUAGAACUUUCCUCGUGUGUCUCUGUACAGACUUUGAUUCUAUCGAAAAACAAGAUUAAGGAGUGGCCGAGUUCAAUUUUGAAAGCACUCUCAAGCCUGACAUGCUUGAAGUUGGAUAACAAUAUACUUGGACCGAUCCCAGCAGAUGGAUUUCAAGCAGUGCCAAUGCUUCAAAUACUAGAUUUAAGUUGUAAUCCAUCAUCCUUAUCCAGGAACCCAGCAUUUUCCAGCUUACGGCAUUUGCAUGAGCUUUAUCUGAGACGUGUACAACUGGGGGAAAUUCCAUCUGAUAUAUUAAGCUUAAAGCAACUAAAGGUCCUACACUUGAGCCAGAAUUCGAUCGAAUCAAUUCCAGAGGAAUUUAAACAUUUUGUUCAGCUCACUGAGUUUGACUUAUCUGACAACAAUAUUUCUGUGCUUCCUCCAGAGCUGGGCUUGCUCGAACCAACUCUACAGGUGUUGAGGCUAGAUGGCAAUCCACUGAGAAGCAUCCGGAGGCCGAUUCUGGAGAGAGGAACUAAAGCUGUUCUCAGUUAUCUGAAGGACAAACUUCCGGCCCAGUAGCUGGUUGAGCCUUCCUCUGUUUUCUGGCAGGCCAGUUCCCCCUGGCACUCCCUUUCACCAUUUUACAUCUGUUGCUUGCUGAAACUGUUGUAACAGCUUGUAUCUUAACUGUCCUGUGAAGUGUGUGUGGUUGUUGUAUUCUGAGCCCAAAUUGAGAAUCGCUGGCGAGCGAUAAUGUUCCUGAUUGUGCAAUUACACAGUUUAUGUACUUAACUAUGUUGAAUUUUAAGAAUCUAGAGUAGUCUAUGAUAAACAAUUUGAGUUAUUGGAAUCAAUUCAUUCUUGACAUGUUAUCAGAGCUGUGACCAAGAGGUGUUCUGUUUGAAUUCCGAUGACAUCAUUUGUUUCUGUUAAGCACAUGGUGUCUGGACCUAUGCAAACUUCAAGCUCAUAUAAGGU